AUGAACAAAGAGAUUGAAGCUCUUACUUCUAAUGACACUUGGGGGAUUUGUGUACUUCUUAUAGGUAAGAAAGCUAUUGGUUGCAAAUGGGUGUACAAGGUUAAGCCAAAAAAGGAUGGUUCCGUUGAAAGGUAUAAAGCCUGGCUUGUUGUUCAUCAAGUAGACAUUAACAAUGCAUUCUUGCAUGGUGAUUUGACAGAGGAGGUAUACAUGAAAGUUCCUGAUGGGAUUCCUAAUUCAGAUAACAAAGUAUGCAAGCUCAGAAAAUCUCUAUAUGGUUUGAAGCAGGCUAGCAGACAAUGGGUUCAGACUGGUGUUAUUCUAACACAAUCUAAGUUUACAAGAGAACUCCCAGCAGAAUGUGGAAUGAAUGUCUCUAAAUCAGCCAAAACACCUCUUCCAGUCAAGCUCAAGUUGAUUUCUUUAGAUGAUGUACCUUAUGCUGAUCCUACUCAGUAUAGGUGUUUGUUGGUCAAGGAAUUUCCAUACAAUCUUCUUCACAAUUGGUUUUUAGAGGCUUAUUGUGACUCUGAUUGGGCUGCAUGCCCUGACACUAGAAGAUAUGUAACUGGUUAUGUCAUGCUACUAGGCAAUAGUCCUAUUUCUUGGAAAUCCAAGAAACAAAGUACUAUUUCAUGGUCAUCUUCUGAAGCCGAGUAUAGAGCUAUGGCUGCUGCAGCUUCAGAGAUCACCUAG